GGGCACUCGAGUCCUGCAGCCUCGGGAGUAGGUGCCGCGCGCCCGCCCGCCCGCCCGCCCGCCCGCCGCGCGUCCCGGAGCCGGGGCAGCACUCGGGCCGCCGCGCGCGCUCCUCUCCCCGCGCGAGCUCCAGCCGCGGCGCCUGCCGCAGGCCGAGGGUAGCCACCCGCCGAGGACCGGGCAAGGAGCGCGCGGCCGCCGAGCCGGGCAGCGCUGGGGAGGGCGCCUUUUGUCCCUGGAGAUCCCUGGAAGUUUGCGGCGGGACGCGCGCGGGGAGGCGGCCGAGGCAGCCCCGACGUCGCGGGAGCGAGUGCCCCGAGCCAGCAUGGGCAGCGGGCGCGGCGCGGGGGGCCGCCGCUGGGCCGCCUCGGGCGUGCUGCUGGCGCUGGCCGCCGGGCUCCUGGCCGCGGGCUCGGCCAGCGAGUACGACUACGUGAGCUUCCAGUCGGACAUCGGCUCCUACCAGAGCGGGCGCUUCUACACCAAGCCGCCGCAGUGCGUGGACAUCCCGGUGGACCUGAGGCUGUGCCACAACGUGGGCUACAAGAAGAUGGUGCUGCCCAACCUGCUGGAGCACGAGACCAUGGCCGAGGUGAAGCAGCAGGCCAGCAGCUGGGUGCCCCUGCUCAACAAGAACUGCCACAUCGGCACCCAGGUCUUCCUCUGCUCGCUUUUCGCGCCAGUCUGCCUCGACCGGCCCAUCUACCCGUGUCGCUGGCUCUGCGAGGCCGUGCGCGACUCGUGCGAGCCCGUCAUGCAGUUCUUCGGCUUCUACUGGCCCGAGAUGCUCAAGUGUGACAAGUUCCCCGAGGGGGACGUCUGCAUCGCCAUGACCCCGCCCAAUGCCACCGAAGCCUCCAAGCCCCAAGGCACAACCGUGUGUCCUCCGUGUGACAAUGAGUUGAAAUCUGAAGCCAUAAUCGAACAUCUCUGUGCGAGCGAGUUUGCACUGAGGAUGAAAAUCAAAGAAGUGAAAAAAGAAAAUGGUGACAAAAAGAUUGUCCCCAAGAAGAAGAAACCCCUGAAGUUGGGACCCAUCAAGAAGAAGGAACUGAAGAAGCUGGUCCUGUACCUGAAGAACGGGGCCGACUGCCCGUGCCACCAGCUGGACAACCUCAGCCACCAUUUCCUCAUCAUGGGCCGGAAAGUGAAGAGCCAGUACUUGCUGACGGCCAUCCACAAGUGGGACAAGAAAAACAAGGAAUUCAAAAACUUCAUGAAGAAAAUGAAAAAUCAUGAAUGUCCCACUUUUCAGUCAGUCUUUAAGUGAUUCGCCCUGGGUGGGUUGGGGAGGGAGCCGUGGGUUGGGGUGAGGGGUGGGGCUGAGCAGACAACCCUGGAAGCCGGGGGUUCACACUCAGUUGCUCCUUUGGUUGGUAGAGGACAUUGUAAUCCAGUUGGCUUUGCUCUGGUAGCGUCCCCAUGCCUUCCGCUCCAUAGCCACACUUCAGACCCAGUAUAGCCAAUAUUUAAAGCCGCAUGCCCCGAUAAGGAAAACCAUUUAGAUUAGGAAGUCUUUUAGGAUCUACAGCGUGGAAUAGCACACCACUGAGGAAAAGCAGGUGCAAACCAUUUCAACCACAGACAGCCACUAAAAAAGAAAAUUUUGCCAGUAAACAAAGAAACAAAAAACAAAACCAA